CAGGUUCUGCUUGUUAUUUUCACUUUGGUCGUCAUUCAGGACACCAUUCGUUUCCAUCUCUCUCCUCAACCACGAUCAUCCACUAGCUGCCUGUGAUUUACGUCAAGAAAGGGUUUCGUAUCAUUAAGGAAAAUAUCGGACUCCGUCGUUGCAAGGGGCAACAUCUUGUUCUGAGCCACCAAAACUUCCGGUAUUCCUUCCAUUCGUGCAUAGCCUCCUUUGUUUCGAGCCUGGACUAACAAAGCCACCAUGCACAAACACUCGCUUUCAGUUCCCACUGUCCCCGCCUCCGCUCCCACCUCACCCGCUUGUACUCGUCUGAACAGACAAGAGCGGUUAUUUGCGGCACCAGUGACUCCUCAACGCCUAGUCCGUCCUCCAAAGGUUUCGUAUCGAUCGCCAGUUACCCCCGCAAGCAGCCACUCUACACCAUACACGCCAUUGAGUCUCCGCUCAUUCUCGACUGCAUCAAGCUCCACUAUCACCACCCCAGGAUCAGCUUCUAGCUUAAAACGUUAUGAUGUAUCUCAUUCCGCCGAAAAUGAUGCAAUUUUGGCGGACAAGAGUCUCGCGGAUAUCGCUGAGAAUUGGCGUUCACGUGCCAAUGAAAACGGCAUCAAGGUCUCCAGUGCUGACGACUCCAAUUAUGGUGAUGAUGAAGCCAGCGAUUUGACCCAUUCUGAUAUGAAUUGUACAGGUUUCGUAACCGAGGAAGCACUUUUCCCCCCGCCGUUGCUUGCGAUUCAUCGGAGGACUCGGACAAUCUCCAGUGCAGCACCACCUCGCACACCGCUCUCACCAUAUGCCCUCAGAACUCCCGCUCGCCGCGCUCUAGGAGUGCUGAAUACACCGCCACCAAAACCAACCAACGUUAGCCAGUUGAAAUUCAAAGGAAGCUUGACUGAUCCCGCGCACACACGACGGCGUCCCUCAUUUGGGCAAAUGUCCACCGAACUCUUCGACAUCGACGAGAACGCUUUUGAACCCUACCCCCAGUCAUUCCCUUCAGCUGAACCUUUUGCUCUGCAAGACCCAUUCUACGGUUCCGGUCUUCCGACUAUUUCAGAGUGUGUUCAGCAGCAUUUCGGCGAGCCGUUUUUCCAGGCGAAGAUGCAGUCGAACGCCACCAUCAGUUCGUCCACAGCAUGCUCUGUUUGUGGUCGCGACGGGGGUCGGUUUGCGAUUCUCAAGCCCUGUGAACAUCCUCUUUGUUCUGGGUGCCUUACAAGCGCCCUCAACAUCGUCGGCGAAAAGGCCAUGCAAUGUGCCGUUUGCAAGGAAUCCGUCGUUGAUUUCCAGCUCCAAAGCCGGCCCUUUGAUGAUAACCCACCCACAACCCAGCACUUUAAUUUUCCCUCCGCUUUCACUCCACUAGAUGCCAGUUCUUCUCCUUUGCAAAGACGCUCCGCCCGACCCAAUAGACCUCUUUUACCCAGUUUUGAGCCCACAGUUUUUGCGCCACACAUGGACCAACUCGCUGCCCAUUAUCAACAGGAUUUGUCCCCUCCCAACUUUGCUCCUGCCCCUAAGCAACAAAGAGUCGAGAACGUGGUUCUUCGCGUUGACAAUGUGCCUUGGGAUAUCACUCCGCCAGCUAUCAUGACGUGGCUCAAGCAGCCUGUCGUCCGAGUGCAUGUUCUGUUGGAUUCGCGGGGUAAAACCCUCAGCCAUGCGUUUGUUGAACUGGGAACGGAGGAGUAUGCGAGGGCUGCUUUGCGUGGCGUGCAGAACUCUGUUCUUGGUAAAGGCAAGCGGGCAAGGGGGGUUACUGUCACUCGUAGCUCGCAGGAAGAGCUGAUGCGUGCUCUCUUCCCGACAUGGAAAGGCGGUUUCGAGGGCUCUAGGCCAUCGCUCGCUGGCUUGAGGAAUGAUCAGGUCAGGGGGGCGCUCGAGACUGGUAUAAUGACCGAUGCGGAACUCAAGGCUUUGUUGCAUCUUGUCCAGUCGCCUGAUUCGCACUUUUUGAAGGUUCCCUCUCUUCCCUUCCAUUUCCUCAUUAGCAUCCUAUCCAAGUUCCCCGUGGAUGUUGAUAGUAGGGUGUUCUGGCCCAACAGCCUCAGAGACAACCUCUUUAAUCUAACUUACUCGGCGUUGAGUGUUCUUAUGGCAGGGAUGGGCAAUGCGAUAACAGAAGGAUCUCGUUUGUUGGAUGAACUUCUUCAUGCUGGGGCAACUUGCCAAGCCUUUGCGCCACAACAAGCCCAGAUGCUUUCCAGCCUAGUGAGACCUCCUGUUGCGCCGUUUGUCCCUUCUCUACCUGGCGGGCACUUCCGCUCUGACAGCGGCGUCUUCAUUCGUGACAAUGAUAUCCCCGUUCCUGGUCCAUACGCUCCUUUUCACGCUCCUAGCCCUGUUCCCGCUCUCAGCCCCUACAACGACAUCGCCCGGGAGUUUGGCGUUGACGAAGAUUUGAUUCAAAAACUGGCUCAGAGGCUGAAUGUGCUGCGGUGAUACCCGGAUGCCUGCGCACCGCGACUACUUGUUCCGGGACCUUGCUCAUAAUCCGUGACGUGACUUGAUGAUGAAUGAUUCUUUUUCUUGUUCUCCUCGUCUCCCCCUGUCUCUUGAUGAUCGCCAGCCGAUCUCAUUUUUCCCGGGUUUUUGCGUAUCCUCGAUCUUGCCCGCCGCUCUUAUCAUGUCUAGUUACUCCACACUCGCUAUGGAAUCUCCUGCAUCCUGCAUCGCUGUCUUUCUUUGCAACUUUCCAAGUCUCUUUUUGCCCCCUGUACUGCUUACUUGACGUCCCCAUCACUGCACUGCUUUGUAUCGUAGACUCAUGCCGGUAGAGCUACCAUUAUCAGAUAUCUGCCCUUAUUAUUCUUGGGAUGGUUAACG